UCUCGUCAUCACCCGGGAGCCCUGGCGCCUAGGGCCGCCCGCCCUGGAUGAGCGCCUUUCGCUGCGCUUCCCCGGGGGAACGCGCUGGUCCUGCCGCCAGGGACCCGGGCAGCCGCCCAGUGAACGGCAGCACUGGGCGGCUCCGGCGCCCGGGGCAGUGGGCCUGUGGGGGCUCUGGCGGCAGCAGCCCCGGGUAACCCACAGCGGCCUCCCGACCCCGCGGAGGACGCGCCCAGGCUCGCUCUGGAGUCUCUGGGCGCCGCCGGCCCGGACCUGCCACAUGCGAGACCGCCCGGCGCGAGUGCGGGGCGAGCGCGGCUGCCGCUUCCCGGCCCGCGCAGUAAUCGGCAGUAGCCGCAGGCUGGGCUCGGCCGGGGGCGACGCGGGCAGCCCCGUUAGCCUGUCCUGAGCGGCAGGGCGGAGCGCGCCGCCAGCGCCGGGACGCCAGACCUUGUUCCUCUUCCCUCUUCUCAAUUAUAAAUCAUGAAGGAUGAAGAUAAAACAAUUGAAUGUGAGGAUGCAGGCCCAUCCACAGAGAUGAACCACACAGCCACUACUUGUCAAGAAUCGCAGGAGGAGGCAGUUAUGAACCUCAAAGGAAAUGAACCAACAGAAGGAAGCAUUCUAUUGAAUAGUGGUGAAAAAAAGCUGCAAGAAACACCAACUGAGUCAAGUAAUUUACAAAUGCUGAGAGAAAUAUUGGCUUGCCCUCCACAUGGUUUACUUGACAAAGUCAUAACAAAUGUUGUCAUCAUCGUUCUCCUGUGGGCUGUAGUCUGGUCAAUUACUGGCAGUGAAUGCCUUCCUGGAGGAAACCUAUUUGGAAUUAUCAUCCUAUUCUAUUGUGCUGUCAUUGGAGGUAAACUUUUUGGGCUCAUCAAGUUACCCACACUGCCACCACUGCCCCCUCUUCUUGGCAUGCUGCUUGCUGGGUUUCUCAUCAGAAAUAUCCCAGUGAUCAGUGAUAAUGUGCAGAUCAAGCACAAGUGGUCUUCCUCUUUGAGAAGCAUAGCCCUGUCUAUCAUAUUGGUUCGUGCUGGCCUUGGUCUGGAUUCAAAGGCCCUGAAGAAAUUGAAGGGUGUUUGUGUAAGACUCUCUCUGGGUCCCUGUCUAGUGGAGGCUUGUGCAGCUGCUGUUCUUUCCCACUUCCUGAUGGGCUUGCCAUGGCAAUGGGGAUUCAUACUGGGUUUUGUUCUAGGUGCCGUAUCACCAGCGGUCGUGGUGCCUUCCAUGCUCCUUUUGCAGGGAGGAGGCUAUGGCGUUGAAAAGGGAGUCCCGACCUUGCUCAUGGCUGCUGGCAGCUUCGAUGACAUUCUAGCCAUCACUGGAUUCAACACGUGCUUAGGCAUGGCCUUUUCCACAGGGUCUACGGUAUUUAAUGUCCUCAGAGGAGUUUUGGAAGUGGUAAUUGGUGUGUCAGCUGGAUGUCUUCUUGGAUUUUUUAUUCAAUACUUUCCAAGCAGUGACCAGGUCAACCUUGUGUGGAAGAGAGCAUUCCUUGUUCUGGGCUUUGCUGUGUUUGCUGUGUUCAGCAGUGUGUAUUUUGGUUUCCCUGGAUCUGGAGGGUUGUGCACACUGGUCAUGGCCUUCCUGGCAGGGAUAAAAUGGGCCAAAAAGAAGGAAGAUGUUGAAGCAAUUGUGGCAGUUGCCUGGGAUAUUUUUCAGCCCCUUCUUUUUGGACUGAUUGGAGCAGAAGUAUCCAUUGCAUCUCUCAAGCCAGAAACUGUUGGAUUUUGUGUUGCCACCCUGGGCAUUGCAGUAUUGAUACGAAUUCUGGCCACAUAUCUGAUGGUGUGUUUUGCUGGUUUUAACAUAAAGGAAAAGAUAUUUAUUUCCUUUGCAUGGCUUCCAAAGGCCACAGUCCAGGCUGCAAUAGGAUCUGUGGCUUUGGAUACAGCAAGAUCACAUGGAGACAAACAAUUAGAAGAUUAUGGAAUGGAUGUGUUGACAGUGGCAUUUUUGGCCAUCCUCAUCACAGCCCCAAUUGGAAGUCUACUUAUUGGUUUGCUGGGCCCUAGACUUCUUCAGAAACUUGAACAUCAAAAUAAAGAUGACGUUGAAGGAGAAGCUUCUACACAAGCUUAGAGGUGCAUCAGCAGGGAGCUACAAAGGUAGCAGAGCAGCCAGGACUGGAACCACAUGCGAUGCUGGUACUGCAGGCCACAUUAUAACCUGGUGAGCCACAGUGCCAGCCCCUAAGCUCAUCUUUUAAAUUCAUUGUCCAUGAACUAUUUGAAGUACUCUUAUAAACUGAAGAACUUUUAUUGUAUAUAAUGAAUGCUAAGCCUUCAAGAAAUAAUUUAUUCAUUUGGCAACAUUCAGACUUUACAAUGAAUGAAACAAAUUCCUUCUGUAUAUAAAGAGAAAAGAAAAUGAAUCUUGAUGUGAAUGGAAGGGGAGAGGGAGUGGGAAAGGGGAGGGUUGCGAGUGGGAGGGACAUUAUGGGGGGGAAGCCAUUGUAAUCCAUAAGCCGUACUUUGGAAAUUUAUAUUCAUUAAAUAAAAGUUAAAAAAAAAUUCCUACUAUCAUGGAGUUUAUAUAUAUAUAUAUAUAUAUAUAUAUUUAUUUAUUUGACAGCUAGAGUUAUAGAAAGUGAGAGAGACAGAGAGAAAGGCCUUUCUUUCGUUGGUUCACUCCCCAAAUGGCUGCUACGGCUGGAAAUACGCCGAUCUGAAGCCAGGAGCCAGGUGCUUCUUCCUGGUCUCCCAUGCAGGUACAGGGGACCAAGCACUUGGGCCAUCUUCCACUGCCCUCCCGGCCACAGCAGAGAGCUGGACUGGAAGAGGAGCAACCAGGACUAGAAUCCGGUGCUUGUAUGGGAUGCCGGCGCCGCAGGCGGAGGAUUAACCAAGUGAGCCACGGCGCCCGCCCUCAAAAUACUCUUAUUAACUGAAUAUGCACCAGGCAUUAUGCUACGUAUGAUAGCAUACAGUAGUAAACAAGAUAUUCAAUGGCUCUGCUUUUAAUGAAACUUGAAUUCUAGUACUGAUGCUAUGGAGAAUAUAAACAUAACUAAGACACAAAACUUGAAUUCAAGAACCUUACAAGAAAACAUGUACAAAUGGUUGUCAUCCAAAUGAAUCAUUCAGAAGUGUUCCCAGUGGGGAAAUUGAUUAAAAAAAAAAAAAAAAAAAAAAAAAAA